GUAAAGAAGACGGUAAAGACCUUUAGGUAAGAACCUGGAUGAGACCCGGUGGGUGGGUCUCCACAUAGGUAUUUUCUUGCCCCGAACAAAUCAAAGUCGUACUUUGAAAUUUGCCCUUCUUCUUCUCUUGGUGCGUUCUCGGCCUUCCACCAACCCUCAAUCCCUCAAUCAUGAGUUCGAGCAUGUCCCACCACCGCCUUUUACAUAAAGUACAAUUCUCGUCAGCCCUUGGCGGCUUAUCACCUAAUGGAUAUAUUGUUAUAUAACUAACUAGAAACAAAACUCCAACUAUUCACUUACGAGUAAAACGAACCAUUCGACGAUAUAUCAAGUAGUUGUGCCUAUGAACGCCCAGAUCCAUUGCGGCCCAAAUUGCGACCCUUGCGACCCUUGCGACCCCUGCGACUGCAAAAACGAGGCGGCUGAGACAUUAUGACGCCGUGGAAAACAUGUUAACUUCGUCGCCGUCAAUACCAGGAGCUACAAGUGCAUCACCUAGAACUUUUCACUACGCGACGUCUCGCUCUCCCCAGCAAUCACCCAAGAUAACAGUACCAUUGCCGCGCCGCCAGUCCAGACACUCUUUAUCGCAUACCUCGCCUUCGACGCCAUUACGAUCUCCGUCGCUCUCCAGAUCGAAGCAAUAUGUUGGAGUUGAUGCAGCUACGCAGUACUCACCUAUGGAGCCCUUCGACCCCACGGUCCCGUUACGGUCUGCUCAAGUAUCGGGACCGAGGAUAUCGAGCUCUACGACAUCGACGGUAACGAAGACGAGCCAGACCAAACAACAAUCCUCCGCAGAUAAUACCCCUGGGCCAAUUUCGACACCGAAUAGCUCUUCCAGAGUCGAAUCCCAGACAUAUUCCCCUAACAAGAGACGCAAGUCGCAAGAUCCCAUAGCGAUCGACCCGUCUUCGUCGGUAGUGGCCUCAAGCCAGCCGAGCUCCCCGAAACGGUCAAAACCCAAUGAGUGUCCUCCCAAGGUGCUACCCUUAAGAUAUGAUUUGUGUGAUAGGGAGGAUAUGGUGGUCCUAAUCUCAAACAUGCUUGGGGAACUGAUCGAGACAAAUGACUCGCUAGCCAUGAAAAGUGGUCAUCUUACGAGGUUUCAUUCCAGGACGGCGCCAGGUAUUUCAGUAUUAGACUAUCUGCAGCGGCUCGCAAAACACGCUACGCUUACUCCUCCUCUUCUCCUAUCUAUGGUAUCCUAUAUCGACCGCCUAUGCGAGGACUAUCCCGACUUUACUAUUAACACUCUAACGGUACAUCGAUUCCUUAUUACCGCUGCUACGGUGGCGGGCAAAGGUUUAUCAGAUUCGUUCUGGAAUAAUUCAUUCUAUGCGCGGGUUGGGGGCGUAAAAGUAGCAGAAUUAAAGCUACUGGAGCUCGACUUUCUAACUCGAGUGGAUUGGAGGAUAGUCCCCAAACCGGAAUUACUAGAAGCAUAUUAUAAAGGCCUUGUUGCGCGUUGUGAAGGCUAUGUUCUGGAAGGGGAUCAACCAUCUUGAUCUGACGAAUGCAACUAGUUCGAAGGGGCAGGUUGCUCAUAGAUUAUGAGUCGAAGUGAGAUAUGAGGAAUGGGCGGUUAGAUGGCUACUAUGGGGGAGUGAAGUUGGUUGCUCGAAACGCUACACGAAGAAUAUUCAACCUGGGAGUUUUUUUUCUCUUUCCUUUUUCUUUUUCGGGGACAUGGGUUGCAUUUGACGCCAAGAGCGCGGUGGUUGGGUUAGUAAGGGUUAUUUUGGAUACCUAUUAGACGGCAUCAUGUUAGUACCGUCGGGCAGAACCUAGGACAUACCCCAAUGAUUACGAUGUUCAUAGCGAAAGUAAAAGAAGCUUAACAGGACAUCAAAACCCAAUGGUGGCGUAUGGAUGCUAUGGUGUUGCAUCUAUAAUAUAGCAGCUUACUACCUAACCCAACCUAGGUAACUAAUAAAACGAAACUCUUCUUUUAUUUUAUUCUGUACUUCGGAAUUCAGUUAAGCGAGCAUUAAUUCCAAACUUCAUAGUUCGAUGGGAUGCGAUGUAAAUUGCAUUCAGGUACCUAUGUAUAAUUGUUGAGGCUCAAUCAGCCUUACUGUCUGUUAUCGGGAAACUGAAGGGCUGAAGGGCUACAGGCUUACAGCAGGGUUGAUUGUUUUUUUUUUUUUUUUU